UUUGUCAUAUAUUUAUUGAAAAACAUUUUAAUAAUUAUUAUUUUAAAUAAAUAAAAUUAUACAAAAGAAUUAGCUAAGCAAUGGCAUGUUAAUGUAUACAAUUCAUUUAUAUAUUACAUAGAAUCACCUGCUAUUCGUACUGUAUCAAAUGGAUCUUCAAUAUACUCUGUGAUGUAUGCUGGGUCUGGUAACAAAAUAACAAUAAAACGGAAAGCAGCUGCUACGGAAGAUACAGAAGUAGGACAACAGGAUAUGGAUGGAAAUCAACACAGCUCUGUAGGAGGGGUAAAAUGUAUUCCAUCUUCCCACCUUAAAUAUGGGACCCCUUCUCAGAAAAAAUCUUCAAAGGGCAGCAAAUCAUCUGGUUUUAAGAAACCAAGGUCGAGUUCUGCUCGAAGUAAGAGAAAAGGGUGUAGAUGCGGCAAUGCUACAGCAAUACCUGGAAAACUAACUUGUUGUGGUCAACGAUGUCCCUGUUAUGUCGAAAGCAAGCCUUGCGUGGAGUGUAGAUGCAGAGGUUGUAGAAAUCCUCACACAGCAGAUGGUUUAAAGAUUCGGCCACAUAUACCUGAGUUACACAAUUUACAGUUACAACUAUCAGCUCCUUUGGACUGCGAUACAUUAAAUUCAGAUCCAUUAGGAUCAGUACCACAAUGCCUUUCAACUUCUCCAACAACAAUUCAAGUAUUAAAUGUUUAUUCAACUCCGAGAUUAGAUAUCGAUAAUGUACCACAAAAUCUACCUGCCGCCUUGUUAGUAGGAGAAGAUGCUAUGAUUAGUACUGAAAGUGAAGCUGAAGACAGUGAUAUACAAAUUGAUGUGUGACAAUUCAAAUGACAUUGUCAAAUGUCAUGUUUAAUAUAAGAAUAAUCUAUCAACUAUUGAGAUAAAAAGUUAUGGUUUUUAAUCUAUAAUUAUAUUACAAAAUAAUAAAUAUAUUUUUAUCACUCAUAAA